AUGGUCUUUUUGAAACUGGAAAUCAAAGCUGAGCUGGAAAACGUCACAGAUCUCGCCCCUUCUGGUGAUGAUUUCGAGUACUUUUUCAAAGUAGUCUGCAAUAGCUGUCAAGAAGAGCACCAGAAGUACGUCACAUUGAAUAGAUUGGAAACACGAAAUAUCUCGAAUAGUAGAGGCUCGGCACACCUCGUUUGGCGUUGUGGUAAUUGUAAAAAGGAGAGCUCAGCUAGCUUUGCUGCUGAACCAUCAAAACCAUACUCCGCUGACUCAAAUGGACAAUUUGCCACCCUAUUGAAGAUGGAAUGUCGUGGGUUAGAGUUUACAGAUUUUGCUCCAAUAGGGCGAUGGACAUGCCAGGGAGAGACCGGCACCAAAUUCUCCGAUGUUGAUCUUGAAGACGAUGACUGGGUCGACUAUGACGAGAAGGCUAAAGUCGAUGUUCGUAUUUCAAACAUCGAAAGCCGAUGGACCAGGGCGUGA